AAUAAUAAAUGUAAAGCACUUAUUGCACUAGGUGAGCAUGCUAUAGGUAUAUAAAGUGACCAUGGCAGGGUACAGAGCUCCCAAUAAUGUGUCAAAUGCAAAUACUAGGGUAGAAAAACAGGUAAAGGCACAUUGGCUCAUGUGUCGAGGAGUACACCUUCACUCAUGCGUCAGAAAGAAGGCUGCUGCCUCAGCUUGAGCAGUCCUCUACGGGUGAGUCAGUCUUCACAGUUGGAUGGAAUCAUUGGAUCAUAGUGUGAUUUCCUGAACCACUAUGGCACCAUCUUGGAAGAGUAAGAUUUUAAAAACUGCUUUUUUAUAUAUCAAAGAUCACAAGAGUGCAGUAAGGGAAGGAGCUAUUUACUUUGUGCUGGGAGCGGUUGGAGGAUGUGCAUUAGGAGCCACAGUGACUCCAGUACACCAGACCAUGACUGAGAUUAUCUCAGGGUCACUAUUGAAACCAGUCAUGGAUGGAGUGAGGACUGUGGGGCCACUGGGUUUGGGGACUUUACUGGGGGCAACUGCAAUAUCCACAACAAUGGCCUCAGCUGCAGCAGGAGUGGCUGUGGCUGCUUUAGUUACUUUGCUGCUCAUAACACAAAAGAAAAACAAGUUGACGAGUGGAUUUGUGUGGAUUACAACCGGGGUAGCUGCAGCCCUUGCCACAACAUCCUGUGGAGCAGCACUUGGGUUUAUUAUAGAGAAACACAUCAUGAGUUCUGGGGUUGUUGCACUACUCUGGGCUCUAGGGAUAUUCACUUUGCUGAAAGCAUUCAUUCAUACUGUUGUACAGCUGGCAUUCAGAGAACGGCAAUGCUGUAGCAUAUUUGCCACUCAGACUGAGCAGCAAUGCUCCGAGAGACUGGACAUUUUGGAGGCUGAGCAGAGAGAGAAAGUCACUGUAGAGAUUGAACAGAUGAUGAUAGCUUUUGAGACAGAAAAAAGUGUUAAUGGAGAGAAUGCGCAGGAUUUCAGAGCUGCCUGGGAGGCCCAGCAACAGAACAGAGAUGAAAAGGAGAAACAGCGAAGGAAAGCAAGAGAGAUGACAUUGGAGAAAAGGAGCAUUCAGGAGCGUCUGACCAAUGUUGUAGUAAAAUAUUUGGAGUUACUGACUUUCUCCAGCGUGCCAAUGACAGUGACUGCCACUGUAACUGCUGGCUUUGGAAUCUUUGGAUUCGGUGACUACAGAUUUGUUUUUGUUGUCCUAUUAGCCCUAGUCCUCUGCAUGGCCUUCAUGUUAAUGAGGUUGAUGCAUUUGAAAUUCUGGAUGUUCACAGCUUGUGUAGGAAUGUUUGCCACAUUCGCCAUUGCUGUUCUCACAGUGCAUGCAGGACAGGAAGUACUGGAGAUGUCUGUAAGAAUGCGGAAGGCUGGACAGUUGCUAAGUAAGGAGAACAUUGCUGCCAGGAUGGACCACAAAUCUUCAUUAGAAGCCAUAGCAUCAGGGUUUUUUGCAUCCAAAAUGUUCCAGAUUGCUUUAGGUGCCAUGGUUGGAGGUCUAUUGGAUCAGAAAGUGUUGGAUAAAGUUAUAGUGGGGGCAUCUGUUACAACAAUAGCACUUCUCUCUAUAGUUGAAGCCUCGUCAAUAGCUCUUGGGAUUGGUGGUGUGACAGGGGCAUUGCUGGGGGCACUAGGGGCAGCUGGGGUGUCUAUGGGGGCAGCUGCAGCUUUAGCACUUCAGUGCUCCUCAUGGGUAGGAACCAUAAGCACCACAGCUGGGAUGCUAUCUGGAGCUUUAGCCAUUGGAAACUGGGAAAUCACUAACAUUGGACUGCAGAUGCUUGUGGCCUACAUGUUUGCUAUUAUAAAUCCUUACUGAAUGAUUUCUGUUGUUAGGACUGAGGAUUUUAACCAUAGCCUAAUGAAUGGCAUUUAAAAAUAUACAUAAUUCAACUGCUGCUCAGCACGAUGCUGUUCCAGUGCAAUUCUGAAUUGAUGCAAAACAUAAAAAAAAUCCCCCCAGUAGCGUAAUUUCAAAUUCAGCCACCAAAAGACCAGCUUUCAGUAAUCUGUGUUCAAAGAUGUAGUUUUUACCACUUUACUGUUUCACGUGUGUGCUAAACAGAGACACAAUGUUUAACCAGCAGAAUCAUUUUAUUAAAUACAUCUAUAAACAAUUUUAAUUGUAUGGACUAAAUAUUUUUUAAAUACCUUUUUUAUUGUCAGUUGACAUGAGUUGUCACACAGGGAGACCCAGAAGAAGUUAGAGACAAUGAGGAGAAGGAGAGAAUAUGAACCAAGGGUCACGUUGUGUGCCAUUAGUUGGACAUAUAGAGGUAUAGAUACUCAACAACUGACAACAAAACAAUUUUCUGUUAUUUUUCCUUUUUUUAAGUUCUUAAUUGCAGCAUGUUUCUGUAUCUUUUAACUGUACAACCCAUUUAUAUACAGAUGUGUCCAACACCUUUUGUUGGACACGUAUAAAUACAUCAAACAAGAUGUUUUUGAACUUAUUUUUAAUUAUCCCAGAAUUCAUACAAUCCUCUGUUACUACAGUAACCCAUUAUGUGCUAGUUAGAUAAAUUACUAGCCUCAGCCAUUAA